AUGGGUCCUGCGAGAGCCAUCAGAAAAAAAGACGUCACUUUUAAAGUAUUAUAUUGUGGUAUAUGCCAUACCAAUUUCCACAUUGUCAAAUGUGAAUGAGGACUAAUUUCUUAUCCCAUUGUACUCGGGUAUGAGAUUGUUGGUGUGGUCAUAGAAGUUGGCGCCAAAAUGACAAUAUUCAAGGUUGGGGAUAAAGUGGGUGUCAGGUGUAUGGUCGGAUCAUGUCGCUCUUGUGAAAAUUGUAAAGACAAUCUAGAGAAUCACUACCCAAAAAUGGUCUUGACUAGGGUCUUGACCUAUGGUGCAAAGUACUAUGAUGAAACCACAACUUACGGUGGUUUCUUGAAUAUCAUGGUAUCAUAUGAGUAUUUCGUAAUUAAAAUCCCUGACAACUCGCCUCUUGAUGGUGGUGUUCCUCUCCUUUGUGUUGGGAUUAUUGUCUAUAGUCCAUCGACAUCCUAUGGGCUUGAUAAGGUUGGAAUACACUUAGGGGUUGUUGGGCUUGGUGGGCUUCGACACAUGGUUGUAAAAUUUGCUAAAGCUAUAGGCCUCAAGACUAUCAUCAAUACCUCCCCUAAUAAGAAGAAGGAAGCCGUAAUACAUAAGAGAUAUAAGUAUCUUAGAGUCACAACAAAAAUAAAGAAAAAAUUAUUUUCUUUUAUCAUGCAUAGAGUUUGCAACACAAUCUCAACUGUGCAUGCUCUUUUGCCUCUGUUGGGUCUGUUGAAAAAUAAUGGACAGCUUAUCAUGGUUGGUGCAAUAGCGAAACCACUUGAGCUACUUGCUAUGCCACUCCUCAUGGGUAAAAAGAUUUUGGGAGUAAGUUGCAUUGGAGGGAUUAAGGUGACACAAGAGAUGAUUGACUUUGCAGCAAAGCACAAUAUAGUCACAGAUCUUGAGCUUAUUCCUAUGGACUAUGUGAACACUGCCAUGGAGUGCUUGUCAAAAGCAGAUGUGAAGUAUCGAUUUGUCAUUGACAUCACCAAUUCAUCAAAAUACAACAAAGGUGAACAUUCUUUUUCCUCGAGAUGCAUUAAUUUUCUUUUGUAUAGGGCCAUUGGAGAGAAGGACGUCACUUUUAAGGUAUUAUAUUGUGGUAUAUGCCAUACCGAUCUCCACACUAUAAAAAAUGAUUGGGGACUAACUUCUUAUCCUGUGGUACCCGACCAUGAGAUUGUUGGUGUUGUCAUUGAAGUAGGGACUGAAGUGACAAAAUUCAAAGUUGGGGACAAAGUGGGUGUUGCUGGUAUGGCUGGAUCAUGUCGCACUUGUGCAAAUUGCAAAAACGAUCUUGAGAAUUAUUGCCCCAAAAUGAUCAUGACCUAUGGUGCAAAGUACUACGAUGGAACCAUCACCUAUGGUGGCUAAUCGGAUAUCAUGGUAUCGAAUGAGCAUUUUGUAAUAAAAAUCCCCGAUAAGUUGCCUCUAGAUGGUUGUGCUCCUAUCCUUUGUGCUGGGAUUACUGUUUACAGCCCAUUGAAGUACUAUGGGCUUGAUAAGGUCAGAAUGCACGUAGGGGUGGUUGGGAUUGGUGGGCUGGACAUGGCUAUUAAGUUUGCCAAGGCCAUGGGCCUCAAGGUGACCAUCAUUAGUUCCUCCCCUAAUAAGAAGAAGGAAGCUAUGAACCAUUUGGGAGCCGAUGGAUUCUUAGUUAGUCACAAUAAAGAAGAAAUGCAAUCUGCGAUGGGAACAAUGGAUGGCAUCAUCGACACUGUCUCAGCUGUGCAUGCUCUUUUGCCUCUGAUUGGUCUCUUGAAAACUCAUGGAAAGCUUGUCAUGGUUGGUGCACCAGAGAAGCCACUUGAGCUGCAUAUCUUUCCACUUCUCAUGGGUAGAAAGAUUGUGGGAGGAAGUUGCGUUGGAGGGAUUAAAGAGAUGCAAGAAAUGAUUGAUUUUGCAUCGAAACACAAUAUAAUCGCAGAUAUUGAGCUUAUUCCUAUCCAUUAUGUGAACACUGCCAUGGAACGUCUGUCAAAAGGAGAUGUUAAGUAUAGAUUUGUCAUGCCAAUUCAUUGA